AUGGCAAACGACCCCUACCGCACAACAGACUUCACCCUCACAGUAGAAGAGCGCAUAAAAGCCUACUACCACUCCGUAACAUCCGACCCUAAGUACUGCGGCUUCGACGUACAACCCUUAUCACUGCUUUACCUCGCCUCCAUCCCGCCUACCACCCCCACCGUCACCUGGACUUUCACAGUCACCUCCUCUCUCUGCAACAAAGACGGCAACCUGCACGGUGGCGCUUCAUCUACGAUUUUCGACAAUUUAACGUCUACCGCCCUCUUCACGAUUGGAAAGCCAGGAUUCUGGGACAAUCUCGGGGUGACGAGGUUUCUGGCCGUGAGUUAUUUUAGACCUAUUCCUCAGGGGACCCAGGCGGUGUUGGAGUGCGAGGUUGUGGCGGCCGGGAAGAGGAUGGCGCAGGUCAGGGGGACGAUGAGGAAUGGCGAGGGCAAGGUUUGUGCAAGUUGUUUGCAUGAGAAGGUUCAGACGGGAGGUCCGAGUGCGAGUCUGUAG